AGUGCAGUGUUUGUUUCACAAUUGUGGAAAGACACAAACAUCAAUAAUUAAACUAUACUAGACUUACUUCUCUAGUGUUUAACUUAGAAAAUGGCCUUUAAACCACAGGGUCACAUGUUUUCCUUCUCCUCCAUCCUGUUUUCCCUGUUGUUUGCCACCAUAGUCUCCUCUGAGCUAACUUCAAAUUGUUAUGAAUCAACAUGCCCUCGAGCCCUCUCUAUCAUCAGAUCCGCAGUGAUCAAUGCAGUUGCUAAAGAGCACCGUAUGGGCGCCUCCUUGCUCCGUCUUCAUUUCCAUGACUGUUUUGUUAAUGGAUGUGAUGCCUCUGUUCUAUUAGAUGACACAUCCACCUUCACGGGAGAGAAGUCAGCUGGUGCAAAUGUGAAUUCUCUCAGAGGUUUUGAAGUAAUUGAUGACAUUAAGACUAAAGUGGAGGCUGCUUGUCCUGGUGUUGUUUCUUGUGCAGAUAUUGUAGCUGUUGCUGCUCGUGAUUCUGUUGUUGCAUUGGGAGGUCCAUCAUGGAAUGUUGGGUUAGGCAGAAGAGAUUCAACCACAGCAAGCAAAGAUGCUGCCACCAAGGAUAUUCCAUCACCACUAAUGGAUCUCAGUGCCCUUAUAUCUGCCUUUGCAAAUAAGGGCUUUAACACACAGGAAAUGGUUGCACUUUCAGGAGCUCACACCACAGGCCAAGCCAGGUGUCAGAUUUUCAGAGGCAGGGUUUACAAUGAAACCAACCUAGAGUCAAAUUUGGCAGCAUCACUCAAGUCAAACUGUCCAAGCUCUGGUGGUGAUAGCAACCUUUCCCCACUUGAUGUCACCACCAAUGUGUAUUUUGACAAUGCUUACUUCAAGAAUCUUGUAAACAACAAAGGGCUUCUACAUUCAGAUCAGCAACUAUUUAGUGGCGGCUCUACAGACUCUCAAGUCACUGCCUACAGUAACAGCGCUUCAACUUUCUCAGCAGACUUUGCAAGUGCCAUGGUGAAAAUGGGAAACCUUAGCCCUUUGACAGGGAAUAGUGGCGAGGUUCGCGCUAACUGCCACAAAGUUAACUAAUAGUUUUAGAAAAUAAAAUGAGCUUAAAACAUGCUCAUUUUGAUUUUACUUACAAGAUACUUUCAUGUAUUGUACUAUUUCCUAUAUGUAUGUUUAGUGAUGAUGAUCUAAUUAAGAAUCUGAAGUGUAAGGUUGUGGUAGAAGCUAUAGUUCUCUUAAAAAGAGGGGAAUAAAAGAAAUUAAGGAGUGGAUUGAAAUUC